CUAUGUUCUUACUUAGCUAGAAUACUUUGACUGUCUUCAGAUGAACGGUGUAAGAAUAAACGAAGAAGAUCCCACCAAGAGUGAAAAUAAGCGUGGGAUUUCCACUACAAGCAUCCGAGAAUCCCGUCAACAGUUUUCGAAGAACGUAAUGGGAGAAAAAGUGGAAGAAGAAAUGGAAAUAGUUAUGCAUGUUCCGACUUGGGUGGAGUCCUUACUAAAGAUGGUGUUCUUUAGUGGUUGUUCAGUCCAUUGUCAGCUUCCAAACAAUGAGCUUAACAACUUUUGCAUCAAUUGUAAAGCAGCUGUAUGUAAAUACUGCAUUUCACCAUCUUCGUCAUCUAAUGUGGGAAUCGGUCGUCAUCAUGGUCAUAGGCUACUAAAGAUUUAUCGCCAUGUGUACACGGACGUUGUUCCCUUUGAUGAUAUCAGUGCUCAUCUUGACAUCUCAAAAAUACAGACGUACAAAUGCAAUAAGAAGUGGAUCAUAUCAUUCAAUCCACUUCCGCACAACGGUUCAGGAUCCCAAUGUUCAGAUGUGAGAGGGACUUGUUAUUCUUGCAAAAGAAAACUCCAUGAUCCUCAUCUCUAUCGCUUUUGUUGUAUUGCAUGCAAGGUGGCAGCAUGCUCAAAGAAGUCAAUGAUGGUGAAUAACAACUGUCAGGGAAAUCGGAACCCAGUAAGUUUCCGAACGCACAAGAGAAAGAGGACAAAUCCGCGCCGUUCGCCUUUACAAUAAAUAAGCUUGUCUACAAGAUGUACUUCUAUGCGCUAUAUGGCUUUUAUCCAAAACCUAACUUCAU